AUGCCGAGGCUGCACGUGUGGUUCGCGGGUGCGAUCGCGGCGUCAGGGGUUUCAUACGUUGCGUACUGGCAUAUCUAUCUUCCCCGCGUUACCUUUCAAGCUGCGUUCGAGGAAAAGCUCGAAAUCGAAAAACAAAACCUCCAAGGGGUGUUUCAGCGUCUAACGCAACUCAAAGUCUCCGUCGAGCACGCGUUAUCGAAAAAAUCUUUUCUUUCUCCCGCGGUGGACGGCCACGGCGUCGGUGGAAGUGGUUUUCUGCACAAUGCGUUACCCUCCUCGUCGGUGUGGGCGACUAAUCGUGAAAAACUUCUCUUUUUUUGCGAGUUGCAGCAGGUGAGGUAUUUAUUUUUCUCCCUGCCUUAUCUGGUGAAGGGGUUUCUUCUCGCGACCCGUGCAGAGGCCGCCUCGUUGCUGGAAACCCUCAACGCGAUGGAAAGGCAGCAUUGUGAUUUUCUCAACUUUCGUGAUGAGGCGCUUUCCUUCGGGCAGCAAAUCACGUGUUUGAUAUGCUUUUGGGUGUACGUGAUCGGUUUCCGCUGGAUUCCGGCGCUCUGCUGGCGUGAGGAUACCCCCCGGCGACGGCAAUUUUUUCAUCAACUCGCAAAACGCAUCACCUCCGCGUUGGAGAUUGAAACCACCUUGCACGUGGAUGCCGUCGAGAACCCAUGGGCGUUGGCGAACGACGGAGAGGGGAGGGAAAUCGCGCAAACGCCCCUCCCUCCGGAUCCAUACCUCGUCUUGAACGCGGUGCAUUGGAUUGAAGAGGUGGGGUUUUGGGCGUGCGCGAAUAACCCGUUGCUGCUCCCAAAAGAACCCUCCGACGGAGGAAAUCCCCUCUCAUCGGGGCUGCGGCUUCUCUCCACUCCGUCGGAUUCGUUUUUCCGUUUAUUUGGGGAAAAUUUCACGCGCGCGCGACCCCGCGCGGUGGCCUUCCCGAUUACCUUCGCGCAUCACUGGCAGGGCUGCUGGCGGCGCCGCGAGCGGGGCCUCCACUCCGCCCUCAAAAUCGACCCCCCCUCCUCUCGAGAAGACGCGAGCGAAGAAAACGCGGCAAGGCUGAGCGAAGGGUCUCCUCCAACAUCCUUUGGCUACCCUCUCACCUCCGACCUCGCCGCGUUGGAGGCUUUUCUCCAAACCACGCACCCUUCUCGCGCGAAUCCCCAUCAAAAUCGGGAGGAUCAUGCGGGAACGCCCCAUUCCAUCGGGAAACCGGAAGGCGACGCGUUUCGUCGCGAGAAAAUGAAUCCUUCGCCGCCCUGGAUUCCCGUCGCCGUGGCGGGGUUGCCGCGUUUACUUUUCGUGCACCCGUCGGUAUCGCGGGCGGAUAAACGACCCCGCCCGACGCGCUCCGCCGUCUACGAGCACCUCGCGCGAAAACAAUUCUCCGAAUCCGCCCCGGGCGAUCAAAUCCUCGUGGAAGCAUCGAAUGCAAUGCGUGAAGAAAUGGAAAGGAACGAAAACGCAUCGAAUGCAUCUCGUGGAGGUCAAAAGGAAACAACGAAUGCCCUUCCCGAUCACGUGCGGGCGAGUUUAAUCGAAUGGCAACAGCAAUGCUCUUUGCCUUCUUUUUCCAAGGUGUGGUGGGGAGGGGUUUACGGCGGCCGUUCUCGCGGGCGGGGGUUGCAUUAUCACGUCGGGCACCCCACGCCAACAGAAGAACUUCCUUCGGAGUGGAUUCGAUGCGCGAAGAACGCGAUUGAAUCGGCGUAUGGGGAGUAG